AUGACGCACCGUGCUGACGCCAGCGCCUUCUUAGACAAUCGCGGGUAUACUGGGCCUCUGGUCCGAGGCGUCAACCCGAUUACGCUUUUCGAGACCGCAGUCCGCGACCGAAUCACCGAUUCAUACUACUGGAAGGAACAAUGUUUCGGUUUGAACGCGGCAACUCUGUGCGACCGCGCAGUUGAACUCACAUUCGUCGGUGGUACCUAUGGUGUAUCGGAGAAGCCUUCGCCAUUUAUCUGCCUAGCCUUCAAGCUCUUGCAGCUCCACCCGGAACGAGACGUGAUCCUCGAGUACCUCAACUACAGCGACCCAGGUAGUGACGUCGAGGACGAAGAGCAGGUGGAGAGAGAGGUGCUGCAAGCCCGUGGCGAUUUCAAAUAUCUACGGGCACUUGCUGCCUUCUAUGUACGGCUUACCUUUGAUGCGGUGGAUGUUUACAAGACGCUUGAGCCGCUCCUGCUCGACUAUCGCAAACUGAAACGCCGAAUCCGCGAUUCUUUUACCCUUACCUACAUGGACCAAUUUAUCGACGAUCUUCUGACCAAGGACCGUGUCUGCGGAACGAGCUUGUGGAAGCUACCUCCUCGCUCACAAUUGGAGGACUUGGAUCUGCUGGAUGAGCGGAUCAGUCCUUUGGCAGAUGAGUUGGAGGAGCUGGAUCGAGAGAGUGAAGACGAGAAACAUUCAGAGAGCGGCCAUAGUGACGGUUGGGCCUCAGAGCCGAAAUCUGCCGAUGCGGACAGCUGA